AUGGACGCAUCAGAAGGGUCAAAACUUCAUGAAAAAGAUGCGCAAGACACCGUGCACCGCCAAAAUUUUCAAAAGGACUUGUGUGAUACAAGCUCUGUCUCAUGGCAAAACAUACAAGUACCUAUAAUGCACCCAACUCAUCCAGUUGGUGGGCUAAAUCAAUUUUGGUCAUUCGGAACAUUACAGCAAGCGCAAUAUCACCAAGCAGCAUCUGCACAAGCAGCAGCAAUGGCACAGACAAUAAAACUAGUAAAAAAUGAAAACCAAACAUGUACAGUAAAUCAGCCGGUUGGAAUGGAACCUCAGGCAAUGUAUGAACGGCAAAUGAUGUUUCCAGUGCAGGGUAGAGAUUAUAUCAUACAUCAGUCAGUUGAAAAUAUGGAAAAAAUUCAAGGACCAGAAGCAUCAUUUUCAGCAGUUGAAGAAAAAACAUUGGAUGUACCACCGAAGGUUAAUGUAUUACUAAGAAAACGAUAUGAAAAAGCAAAAGAAGCAACGUUAAAUGGGCUCUCAGAGCUACAUAUUGAUAUUCAUAAUCACGAUAAAGUACAAAAAGACAAUCUUAUGUAUUCGUAUCAAAUUGGUGAAAAUUCUGUUAAUUAUGAUUCACAAAAACCUAUUUUACAAAAUUAUUACACAUCGACUCGACAUACACAUAACAUACUCAAUUCGGCAAAUUAUAAUCAAGUCUAUACUAUAAAUCAAAAAGAAAAUGCAAUUCAUCCUAUUAUCAAUCCGUAUAUAGAAUAUACAAAUACUUCGAAAAAUUUCUUUAAAAAAUCAUUUUCAAAUCAAAAUAUUCCAAUCGAAUAUCAUGAAACUAUAAAAAAAUCUGUGUAUCCAUGCUAUUCAGCUCAAAAUAAUGAUUUGUUGAAAAACAAAAUAAAUAUACAGCCUUUUACAAUAUCUACAGAACAUAUUUUGCAAAAUCCAACACCUUUAAUUGCACAUUAUGAGUCUGGUAUUAAUAAAGAAAAAUACUAUCAAAAACAAGCACAAUACUUUAAGUACACAGAAGAUAUGCUUCAUCGUCCUCAGCAUUGUUACAAAAGUUCUUUAUUUGUUCCACAAGCAUAUACCAGGCCCAUAUCAUUGAACUCUAACUUUCCUAGUCAAAUAAAACGGCAAAAUGAGAAAUAUCAGGUAUUAAGAAGUCCAUUGCUAGAUGAAUUUCGGAAUAAUAAAAAUAAAAAAUAUAAAUUAAAAGAUAUAUUUGGACAUAUUGUAGAAUUUAGUGGAGAUCAACACGGAUCACGUUUUAUUCAGCAAGCUUUGGAAGGUGCAAGUGCAGAAGAUAAAGAAAUCGUUUUUCAGGAAAUUUUCCCAAACUCAUUACAACUAAUGACAGAUGUUUUUGGAAAUUAUGUUAUUCAGAAAUUUAUGGAACACGGUGAUCAAAUGCAAAAAACACUUUUACUCGAACAAAUGAAAGGACAUGUUUUAACUCUUUCUUUACAAACAUAUGGCUGUCGCGUGGUUCAAAAGGCACUUGAAUACAUUCAAAUCGAUCAAAAAAUUAGUUUAGUAAAAGAAUUAAAUGGUAAUGUAUUAAAAUGUAUUAAAAAUCAAAACGGCAAUCAUGUCAUUCAAAAAAUUAUUGAAAAAGUGCCUAUAGAACAUAUACAGUUUCUUAUAAACACUUUUCAGGGUCAAAUAUAUGUUUUAGCUACACAUCCAUAUGGUUGUAGAGUAAUACAGCGUAUGCUUGAAUAUUGUUCACAAACUCGUGAUCUUAUAAAAGAACUUCAUUUAUACGCACAAAACUUGAUUCGAGAUCAAUAUGGAAAUUAUUGUAUACAACAUAUAAUUGAAAAAGGUGAACCAGAAGAUCGUUCUAAAAUUAUAUCUGUAGUAAAGGGAAAUGUUUUUCGAUUUUCCAAGCAUAAAUUUGCUUCUAAUGUAGUGGAAAAAUGUAUAACAUAUGGAACAGAUGAAGAAAAAAAGUUAUUAAUUGAUGAAAUCAUAGAAAGCAACGAAAAUGGAAUGUCUUUUCUCUUGCCAAUGAUUAAAGACCAGUACGCCAAUUAUGUUAUCAAAAAAGCAUUAGAUGUUGCAUGUGAUGAUCAGCGUAAUAAACUUAUUUCCGAAAUAAAGCCUCACCUUCAGUUUCUAAAAAAAAAUGUUCAUGGAAAAGCAUUAAGUUCAAAUAUUGAACGGCUUAUAACUCUUUCUAAUAAUCAGUUUGUACAGGAUAACGAAGCUGUUGCAGAAACUUAA